ACCAGGACCAGGUCACAAUCAUCUGGUGACUGCUUGUAAUUCUUCAUCCCUUCACUUUCCCCUCCUAUUAUUCCUGAUUUCUCCCGCCUCACCUGUCCAAAUUUAUCUUCCACACCCUCUCACUGGUCCUCCUCUGCCAAUCCCCUUACGCUUCUUCAUCCCGCCAAUUGAGUAAUCUGUCGGUCAUCCUCCAUGCUGAUGCUGGAUGAAUAGAGCUCUCCAUGCGCGACCGAGACACCACUCAUUGACGUGCUUCUCCUACCUCCUCGCCACACAUCGAUUUACCUGCAGUCUUUCUCAGGCUGCUAGUAGAAGUCGAAGUCGAGGCCCAAGUCAAAGCCGAAGUCUUGCUUCCCUUCCCCUAAGAUUCAAAGCUUCAACGACCACAUUCCUUCUAAACCCCCUCGCGCAAUUCACCAGUUCUUCGCAUACUGCCACCAUGAACGGCAGCAGUAAUGGGGCAACCCCCUGCGCGAAGCGGAAGUCUACAAACGUCAUUGCAGAGCGCCCUCAGAAACAACACCGCGCAAUCAACGGCACAGAAUCUGCUGGCGACAAUACACCUGAACUUACAGCAUUUGAAGAGGAAGAUAUGGAGAUGGAGGAGCCCCGUCUAGUUACUGCCAUAACAGAUCGAGCCGACUCUGCAGAAUGGCAGGCAGCAGUCGAGAAGGUUGUCAGAAAUGUUGUCUCGAUCCGAUUCUGUCAGACAUGUUCCUUUGAUACUGAUCCUGCGUUGACCAGUGAGGCGACUGGUUUUGUUGUGGAUGCAGAAAGAGGGUAGGGGCAGAUUUUUUUAAGCUUAUUUGUUUCUUUUCUAACGACUUGCAGUCUCAUCAUGACCAACCGACAUGUUGUAGGUUCAGGUCCAUUCUGGGGAUACCUCGUAUUUGAUAACCACGAGGAAGUCGAUGCUUACCCUGUCUAUCGCGAUCCCGUCCAUGAUUUUGGCAUCCUUCGAUUCGACCCCAAAGCUAUCAAAUACAUGCCUGUCGCUGCCUUGACCUUAAGACCCGACCUGGCGAAAGUUGGAUCAGAAAUCAGAGUUGUUGGUAAUGACGCAGGGGAAAAAUUAAGUAUUCUUUCCGGUGUUAUCAGCAGACUCGACAGAAAUGCUCCAGAAUAUGGAGACGGAUAUUGCGAUUUCAACACCAAUUACAUCCAAGCUGCUGCUGCAGCAAGCGGCGGUAGUUCUGGAAGUCCCGUAGUCAAUAUCGAUGGGUACGCUGUUGCGCUGCAAGCUGGUGGCAGAAGUGACGGUGCGGCGACGGAUUACUUCUUGCCUCUAGAUCGACCACUACGAGCCCUGAAAUGUAUACAAGAAGGCAAGCCGGUCACUCGGGGAACAAUUCAGUGCCAGUGGAUGAUUAAACCAUUCGAUGAAUGUCGCAGGCUCGGUCUAACCCCUGAGUGGGAACGUGCUGUCCGGGAAGAAUUCAGAAAUGAAACAGGUAUGCUCGUGGCUGAAAUUGUUCUCCCUGCAGGUCCUUCAGACAAGAAGAUCGAGGAAGGUGACGUCUUGAUCAAAGUCAACGGGGAGCUUUUGACACAAUUCGUUCGCCUUGACGAUAUUCUCGAUUCCAGUGUAGGCGGAACUGUCAGUCUAUUGGUACAACGUGGUGGUGAGGAUAUUAGUGUGCAAGUUGAUGUUGGAGAUCUGCAUGCUAUUACCCCAGAUCGAUUUGUUACUGUUGCUGGUGCAAGUUUCCAUGAUCUCUCAUACCAGCAAGCCCGUUUGUAUGCAGUAAAAUGCGAGGGUGUAUUUGUGUGUGAGGCAACAGGUUCAUUCAGAUUUGAGUCUACAGACAACGGUUGGAUUAUCCAAAAAGUUGAUCAUAAGCCUACCCCUGACUUGAAUGCUUUCAUCGAGGUAAUGAAGGGCAUCCCAGAUCGCUCGAGAGUUGUCGUGAGCUACAAACACCUCAGAGACUUGCAUACUUUGAAUACAAGUGUCUUACACAUCGAUCGUCAUUGGUCGAGUAAGAUGAGACUGGCAGUUAGAAAUGAUGAGACUGGACUUUGGGAUUUCACAGACCUUGCUGACCCCAUUCCUGCAAUCCCCCCAGUCCGACGCUCAGCGAGUUUCAUGCAAAUAGAGAAUCCUCAACACCCAGCCGCCGCCGACAUCGUUCGCAGUUUUGUCAAGGUUGUGUGCCACAUGCCUGUCAAACUAGACGGCUACCCCCGAAAUCGAAGAUAUGCAAUGGGGGUGGUUAUCGACGCCGAAAAGGGUCUGGUUGUGAUCUCUCGCGCUGUGGUGCCCUAUGAUCUUUGCGACAUUACCAUCACCAUUGCGGACUCUAUUAUCGUUGACGGUAAAGUCGUCUUUUUGCAUCCACUUCAAAAUUAUGCUAUCAUUCAAUACGACCCCUCCUUGGUUGAUGCACCUGUCCAAAGUGCCAAAUUGAGCACUACUCAUAUCACCCAGGGCGCUUCCACGUAUUUUGUUGGUUUCAAUCAGAAUAUGCGAGUGUCUAUUGCGAAGACUAUUGUUACCGACGUUACCGCUGUAGCAAUCCCAGCAAAUUCUGGAGCCCCGAGAUAUCGAGCAAUCAAUGUGGAUGCCAUUACUGUUGACACCAGUCUGAGUGGACAAUGUGGGAGUGGUGCUUUGGUCGCUGAUGAUGGCACUGUUCAGGCUUUAUGGUUGACAUAUCUUGGUGAAAGAUCACCUGUCACUCAAAAGGAUCAGGACUAUCACCUUGGUCUUGCCACCCCUACUCUUUUACCCGUCAUUAGAAAAAUCCAGAAUGGCGAAGUGCCCAAACUCCGUAUGUUGAGUGUUGAAUUCAACGCUAUCCAGAUUUCUCAAGCACGUAUCAUGGGCGUUUCCGAGGAGUGGCUCAAAAAGGUUACCCUUGAUAAUUCUUCCCGUCACCAGCUCUUUAUGAUCCGCAAACGGACUUUCGAGCGUGGAGAAAAAUCGGGUUCCCUCAUGGAAGGCGAUGUUAUUCUUACGCUCAACGGCAAGAUUAUCACUCGUGUGAGUGAACUUGAUGUCAUGUACGAUCACGAAGUCCUGGAUGCUGUCAUUGUUCGUGAACGUCGUGAGAUUACCAUGAGGCUUCCUACUGUUUCUGCCAACGAUCUUGAGACCGAUCGAGCCAUAAGCUUUUGUGGUGCAAUCUUGCAUCGACCCCAUCAUGCUGUUAGACAACAAAUCAGCAAACUACACAGCGAAAUCUACGUUUCAGCCCGAAGCCGUGGUAGUCCAGCAUAUCAAUACGGAUUGGCGCCUACAAACUUUAUAACCCAUGUCAAUGGCAAGAAGACCCCAGAUCUCGCGAGUUUCUUGAAGGCAGUCAUUAACAUUCCUGACAACACAUGUUAGUAUCCCCCGCUCCUCCAAACAUUCAUCUCAUGCUACCAUACUAACAUAAUCAUUCCUAGACUUGAGACUGAAAGCUAUGACUUUUGAUAAUGUGCCAUGGGUCAUCACGAUGAAAAAGAACGAACACUACUUCCCCACGAUGGAGUGGAUCAAAGACCCGUCGGAGAAAUGCGGUUGGAAACGAGUGACCUAUGAACAAGGCCAGCCUAUCAAAGGUGAGGGACAUGAUGGAAUUAACAUCAUUCCCGAGGAUCCUUUCGAAGGGGAGGAAGUCGCAUGA